CGCAGCAAAGAAAAAGAGAGUCCAUUUUAUUGUCUUCCCCCACUAGUCUUCGUUCUAAACACAUCAAUCGUACUCUCUCUCUCCAUCAUCAUCCUCCCCCAGAGAACCGUCAGAUUAGGGUUUCUCUUUCACUAAUUGAUCUGCAUCCACUACUCAUAUCUACUUCGAAUUCUUCACUAGCCAUGAAGAAUCAACAGAAGCAACUCCAGCGAGGCGCUUCCUCUCGCGGCGAAGAAAGUUCGGUCAGAGGGAUCGAUCUCAUGAGAGUCGAUCAAUGCGAGGAGAUCGAUGCUCUCUCUGUGCCUGCCCCGAAGGUGGGAGGGACGGUUGAGCAAGAUGCUCCUGUGAAGCGAAAACGGGGCCGGCCGCCGAAGGCACAUGCUAAGACGCCGCUGCAAACUCAGCCCCCGCCGCCGCUGCCGCUGCAAACUCAGCUGCCGCCGCCGCCGCCGAUUACGCGGAAGGAUGACAAGGAAGAAGAUGUGUGCUUCAUUUGCUUCGACGGCGGAGACCUCGUUCUCUGUGAUCGCCGGAACUGCCCCAAGGCAUACCAUCCAGCUUGUAUUAACAGAGAUGAGGCAUUCUUUCGAACAACGGCUAAAUGGAACUGCGGUUGGCAUAUAUGCAGUAAAUGCCAGAAAUCUUCCAGUUACUUGUGUUAUACAUGCACUUUUUCUGUUUGUAAGCGGUGCGUUGCUGAUGCCGACUAUGUGUUUGUGAGAGGUAACAUGGGGCUUUGUGGCACAUGCAUUAAGCCAAUAAUGUUAAUUGAGAAUAUUGGUCAAGGAGAUGUUCAAGCGGUUAAGGUGGAUUUUGAUGACAAGCUCAGUUGGGAGUAUCUGUUCAAGGUAUAUUGGCUUUGCCUGAAGGAAGAGCUGUCUCUAACUGUCGACGAGCUUAUGAGAGCUUAUAAUCCUUGGAAGGAGGUUCCUUACACUGCUCCUAAAGUGGAGUUACGAAACGAUCAUACCCGUAACAAUGUUUAUUCUUCAGGCAGUUCAGCUUUAGGUGCAGCAGAUAAUGGAAUAAAAAGAAGAAAGACUAGUGAUUCAUCCACCUUACCUAGCAAGUUGGAUGCCAAAAAUCCAAGUAAUACCCCAAAGAAGCGUCCUGAAGAUACAAAUUGGGCAACAAAAGAACUCCUCGAGUUUUUGUCGUUCAUGAGAAAUGGCGAUACAUCGGUUAUUUCUCAGUUUGACGUGCAGGGUCUUCUGCUUGACUAUAUCAACAAAAAAAAUCUUAGGGAUCCUCAUCAGGAGUCUCAAGUUAUUUGUGACCUAAUGCUUGUGAAGUUGUUUGGAAAGCAACGAGUGGGUCACAUUGAAAUGCUUAAGCUUCUUGAGUCUCACUUUCUUAUCCAAGAGAAACCUAAAGAUGAGAAAACCACGAAUGGGGAAACUACUCAUGUUGUUCCUAGCCAAGUAGUUGAAGAUAUUGGUCAUGAUCCACCGGUUAGGGAUAGAAGACGCAAGAUGUAUAGGAAAACUGUUGGCAGGGUACAAAACGAAAAUCUGGAUGCAUAUGCAGCGAUUGAUGUUCACAAUAUCAACCUGAUUUAUUUGAGACGUAAAUUCUUAGAGACUCUACUUGAUGAUAUCAACAAAGUUCACGAAAAGGUGGUAGGCACAAUUUUGAGAAUUAAGGUAUCCGGCAGCGACCAGAAGCUGGAUAUUCACAGGCUCGUUCAAGUUAUAGGUACAAGCAAGGCAGCAGCAACCUACCAACUUGGCGCAAAGACUACAGAUGUUAUGCUAGAAAUACUAAAUCUAGAAAAGAGAGAGGUCAUCUCGAUUGAUCAAUUAUCAGAUCAGAAUGUCACAGAGGACGAGUGCAAACGGCUACGCCAGAGCAUAAAAUGUGGUCUCAAUAAACGUUUGACUGUGGGUGACAUCUUGAAGACGGCAACAACACUGCAAGCCAUGAGAAUCAAUGAGGCUCUGGAAGCUGAGAUAUUAAAGGCCAAACACCUCCGUGAUCAGGCCAGUGAGAAGAAUCAUCGAAAGGAGCUUAGAGAAUGUGUAGAAAAGCUAGCGCUUCUAAAAUCACCUGAGCAUCGCCAGCGGCUUCUGCAGGAAGUCCCAGAAGUUCAUACGGAUCCAAGCAUGGAUCCAAGUCAACCAUCAGCAGAAGAUGCAGUGUUGAGUACGAGAAAACAAGAUAAUCACAUAAAGGCUCCUAGUAAAGGUCCGAAGAGAAAAGGGAAUAUCCUGAACAACUUGGGAAAUAAUGCGCAGACAAAAUAUGAUGCUCCAGUUUUGCGAAGCAGAAAGGCCGUGAAUGUUACUAAGAAAGAUGAUUGUUCCAAGGUCCACAACAACUCAUCAGAUAUCCAGGAAAGUGGUAAAGAUGAUGAGGAGAGUGAAAUAUGGCAUUAUCGAGAUCCAACCGGAAAGACCCAGGGACCGUUUUCUAUGGGGCAGCUCCGCAGAUGGAAAUCUUCUGGUCAUUUCCCCCCUUAUCUUAGGAUAUGGAAAGCGCAUGAGAACCAAGAUGAUUCUGUACUUCUGACUGAAGCUCUUGCCGGAAGAUUUGAUAAAGCAACUACUACGCCGAGUUCCUCUUUGCUUCCCCAAGAACUAAAACUAUCUCAGCACGACUCGGGACGCACUGGCGUGGACGGGGACUGUCUUCAGAAGAACCUUACGCCAGUCAGCAACAGUGCAGCCUCCUCUUCGUCCUCUACUGUCAGUGCCCUUCCUAACGAUCCAAAAGAGAAACAAGUUGCGACUCUUUUACCUUGCUCUGGAAAAGUUAAAGAUGGUAAUUCCGUUCGUUCCCAGCCUCAAGUUAGUUGUCCAGCAUCAAUGUCUGUGGUUCCAGGACAUGUAGUUUCGCCUGACGCAAGAGCAACUUCAGGGGCAGAUGGUAAGACUUUAGAAGAAGGAACAAACGGUGGUUCUGUUCACGCACCAAACCUUAACCAAGAAAUCCAUGUCCCUGAAGACUUGGAAGCUCAAGCGGCAGAGACUAUUCAGUCUCUGUCUUCUUGUGUUCUGGUCAAAGGAACAUCUGGUGUCACAUGGAGCACCACCACCACAACUACCACUGAUGCUGUUGCCACCACUUCGAGUGUUAUGGUCACUGGAGGACAGCUUCCUCAAGUAACACAUCAGCAUGCUGUUGUUUCAGCUGCACCGUCUGUGAAGCCAAUUGAUUUGGCAGCUGAUCAUGCCACAGCUACUCAGACUUCAGACAACACCCAUGUGGCUCACUCAUCUGGGUGGCCAGCCAUUGUGGCUGACCCGGACGAGUGUGAUGAAUCAGUUUCGGAUCUAUUAGCCGAAGUUGAAGCGAUGGAACAGAACGGUUUGCCCUCUUCACCCACCUCAACAUUUCACUAUGACGACGAUGAUUUGACAAAAGGGCCAGAAAAAGAUUUCUUUAACCCUGUCGCACGCAUGUCCCUCACACCUGAAACAUGCAGAAUGAAUACCUCUCAGCCGAGUAUUCUUGACAAUGUCUCUACGGGAAAAAGCUCAAUGGGCACAGAAUCAAAAGACAACACUCUCUUCAACGCUGGUCCGGAGCUCCUGCUCUUUGCACCACCAGCGCCAUCUUCAGUUAGUCAGGACCUGACUCUGACGACAACAGCUCUUAGACUGGGAUCAGAAACCACAGUUAAAGCUGGAUCGGUCGAGAGGCUUCCCAAGUCCCUUUCAGGAGUGAGUUUGGAACCGAGCCCCAGGUCAUCAUCAUUACAUGACUCACCACGUGGAAACACCGAGCGCAGCCCACGUGGAAACACCGAGCGCAGCCCACGUGGAAAUGGAAGUCAUCAAAGAAGAUCCGGUGGGCAUAGCAGAGACCGGCAAUGGUGGAACAACGGUCACAACACUAGCGUCAACAACAACAGUCAUAAUAAUCGGCAAUGGCCAAACAGCAGUAGGCAUGGGUAUGACCAUGGAUCAGGUUCAUACACAGCUCAUCCGCCCAAAGGGCUAAAGAUAUGUAAGUUCUAUGAGAGUGGAAACUGCAAAAAGGGUGCUUCUUGUAGUUUUUGGCACCCCUGAUUCUCAUUUCUUUGUAUUGUGUAUUUAUCUGUUUAGUUAACAUGUCAAACAUCCUUUCUGUAACUUGUUUAUUUAGGACAUUUCGAGCAUCCUUUUUGGUAACACCAAAGUUUUUGUACCUCAUUAGCCCAUGUUUAAGUAAUUAUCAAAGCUUUGUGUA